UUGUUUGGUUCCCAUCAACAGGGAUCAUGUGCAUCUGAUUUCGUGAUGCAUAUUCGACUGCGAAUUUGGUCGUGAUGGUUUGAUGAAAAGAGCGGCGCGAGAGAAAAAUCUCAGUGCGUUCGACAUUCCGCGUGAACGUCUUCUCAAGUCGAAAGUAUAAAAAAUGGAGGAUGCGGGCGAGACGAAGAUCAUUUACCACAUAGAUGAGGAAGAAACUCCAUAUCUUGUCAAAGUUCCGGUGCCGCCUGAUCGUGUUACACUUGGUGAUUUUAAGAAUCUGCUCAACCGUCCGAACUACAAAUUCUUCUUCAAGUCGAUGGACGAUAUUUUUGGGGUCGUCAAGGAAGAGAUUGUUGACGAAGAUGCACCACUUCCCUGUUUCAAUGGAAGAGUUGUUUCAUGGCUAGUUUCCGUGGAGAACAGUACAGUUUCAGAUACAACGUCCCAAUGUACUGAUAGCGCUCCUGUGAUACAUCCCGGAUUGGAAAGAACCGCUGGGAUUGGAGAUAGUCGACCACCUUCGUUUCACGGAAUUGGAUUACAGAGCAGAGGAAUGAGUAAUGCUGGUGACACAACGUGCACGGAAACGGAAUCCGUUCUCAGUUCACGACAUGGAGGUAUCCACCGCAUCAACGGGAAAGCUCAUCGACAUGUUGGAAUUGGACCAGGACCAGGGAUCGAAUCUGCUUCCAUGAUUAGUUCUGAUUUGGAGACAACAAGUUUCGUGGAUUCAGACGAAGACGACGCUUCUUCACGUUUCACGACUACUACAGGUGCGGUAGCAUUGGAUGGAAGAAUCGAGCCCGGUGACAUGAUACUGCAAGUGAACGAGGUGAAUUUUGAAAAUAUGUCCAAUGAUGACGCUGUUCGUGUGUUGAGAGAAGCUGUACAGAAACCAGGGCCAAUAAAGCUGGUGGUCGCAAAAUGCUGGGACCCUAACCCUAAAGGCUAUUUCACUAUCCCGCGAACAGAGCCUGUGCGUCCCAUUGAUCCUGGGGCAUGGCUUGCACACACUGAUGCUUGUCGUCUUGAAGGUGAAUACCCAGUGCGUCCUCCGUCAGUUGCUACACUAACUUCUGCGUCUACAUCGAUAAAUUCAUCAUUGCACGAAAGUGAACGGCAAUAUGAAGAAACCGACAAGCUGACAGUGUUGACGGACAUGCGAACCAUUGUGAAGGCGAUGGCCAUGCCCGACUCCGGUCUAGAGAUCCGCGACAGGAUGUGGCUUAAGAUCACGAUUGCUAAUGCCUUCAUAGGAGCAGAAGUAGUGGACUGGCUUUUCACUCACGUAGAAGGGUUCGGUGACCGGCGUGAAGCGCGGAAGUAUGCGUCGCAAAUGCUGAAAGCUGGUUACAUUAGACACACAGUGAACAAGAUCACGUUUAGCGAACAAUGCUAUUACGUUUUCGGGGAUAAUUGUGCGUGCUUCAAUCACUUGCGAGGGAAUGGAGAUCCGCAGGUGCAAAAUCAGCAUCCCCAGCAGCAGCCGAUCCAUCAGCAGGGCGUGUUGAGUCCGCCGGGUAUGAUUCUGGGUACUGAUCGGGAUAUGGUCUUGCCUUUGCCGAUGCCAACCCCUCAACCGUGGUCAGUUCCAACGUACGUAACUGGUUCGUUUGUUGGGCUGGCAGCGGUGGGCGGUGGUAGUCCCGCGUUGUCCAGGGCCAGCGGCGGCAUGUGCGUUGGUGGUCAGCAGUUGGCCGUGGCGUCCAAUUACCAGCCUGUUGCCUAUGGCUUCGAGCCAGAGCCACCUAGCUAUGCGGUUGCUGUGAGCAGAAUUACAGCUAGUGUGCAAAGUCACGGAUCUGAAGUUGAUGCUCGGAUCACAUCUCAUCUCAAUUCUGCGGUAUCCGUGAAAGGUGGAAGCAGCGGAUCUGAUCGACAACGCAAGGCAAUGGGUGGAAUGCUCGGGGGAAUGGCGUCACUCACGCUGAACGAUCGCAGACCGGGUGGCAAUUCAGGCAGCGACACCGAGGCUCGACGGGACGUCGGUCGGGUGCUGAACCCACUUCACGGACAGCUUGUGACGAGCAGCGAAUCCACGUCGGACCAUUCGGUGUCGACUGUUGCGUCUUCCCGGGCUGCCGGAGCGGCGCAAACGCUAGCACCAACCGCACCGCCGCCUCCCGCCCUUUCAGCGGGGCAAAGUGACGUACUGCAUUACAUUUUAUUGCUUCAAGUCCAUCCGGAGCAUUGUCCGGAUGGACUCCACGGAUAG